AUGAACAACGAAAUGAGCAUAAAUGCACAGAAGAUGACGGCCUUGGACCAGGUGCCGGCCCCACCACCAUCAUCAUCAGCAUCAUCAACAAGUCCGAAGAGGCUGGGUCACGCAGCCACUCUGGGGAAAAGACCCAAUAGCGAGAUUCGAAAAGAGCAAAACCGUCUCGCAGCUCAAAAGUACCGGCUUAGGAGAAAGCAGCGGCUCUCUUUACUCAACCAACUCCUUGAUGAUCCAGAGACGGCGGUAAAUCAACCAAACACACCAAUUUCGGAAUUUUGUUCAGGUUAUACACAAACAAUUGUAGCUACCGCUGAGCCUACAUGUAGUGUCAGGACUCUUCAAGAUGUGAAUAUCCCUGAUUUCGGAAUAGGAUACCUUGAUGGGGGCUUUGCUGGCUUUGAAACAAGUGGCAAUCAAUUCAGCCAGCAUUUUCCAUCCCAAUCAACGGAGGGAAUUUUGUCCGAGACAGGUGCCAACCAUAUUACACCGUAUUCGCCCUGGAUUUCACUCUCUAAUAUGUUGGAGCCAUCAUCUAUCCAACAGUCACAGUCCUUAAUGUGUAGAAUGCCUGCUCCAUCUCUACACGAGAACAUCCAAUGCGGACAGCAAAACAGCCCAUCGAGGAAUCCAGGUCCUGACGAAAAUCCUACAGCAGAUCCGGUAGCUACUGUUCUUAGUAUCAUCAAAGGCUUGCCUUGGUCUCAGAAACGCCAGAUAUUGAGCACACUACUAGUUGAGGCUGACGAUGAGAUUGGCAAAAGCACCGAAUCCCAGCAAAUAUCUCAGUCCGUCCCAUUCUCAUCAGUGGAUCACAAUGAAUCUCCUGACUCACGAAGAAUGCUGAUUCGGAUAAAGAGAGAAGUCCAAAUGUUUGAGGCCAAGCUUAGGAAUACCCUAGCCUGCCACUCCUCCCUGCCCGACCCAAGAGUGAAUUUGAUCAGAGUCAUCCACUCCAACUUCUACCAGGCUAUUCUGGCAAAUUCGGAGGCCAUCGGCCUCUUCAAUUGCGAAGUUCUCAAGGACGACGGUCUUUCGCCGUUUAGCAUUGACAAGGAAAAGGGAUAUCCCCAAAAUCAACUUGAGGUCGCUCGCGCUCGGUUUACAGCGCGUGUACCGCCAGGUCUGGCACCAUGCGAUGCGCAGCUGAAACAUGUACAUCAUCCCUACCUCGAUGUCAUCCCCUUUCGUGAAUUUCGGGAGAGGGCCAUGGCCGCAUUAGCAUGUGACCCCCCUCUGUUUUGCGAGGAGACGAUGUGCCAUGACAUGGAUGCCGAGGGUCUGGUAUGCUGGGGAGGCUCGCCUGCAGAUCAAGAAGGCACGGCAAGACGAGGCAUGGAGAUGGAAGUGCCAUGGGACCCACGUAGCUGGGAGCCGAAGGUAUGGUUUCUGCAAAAGUACUGGUUCUUGGUAGGGGGGGAAGAUGGAGAAAUGCACACCAGUGCGCGGCUUUGGGCUCAACGCAGACUGUGA